GAAGGGAAGGGGGUGGUCCGCUGACGGGCCGGACUCUCUCUCUCUCUCUCUCGGGCCCCCGACAGGCAGGAGCCUUUCUGCAAGACCCGCCGGCCGGAGCGACCCGUCUUUCCCGGGACGCCCAUCCGUUCGAAGCGGCAGCUCCGGCAGAUCUGGGACGUUCCAGUGCCAGCGUGAUGCUCUCGUCGUGAGUGUGUUUCUCGGGUCUCCUGUGCCUGAGUUUUCCAGACCGAUGCUUCGGAAAUCGAGAGCACAACAGAACUCCGGGGCUUGAGAUGAGACCUGCCCGUGGUCUUCUACAGAACUAUGACAUUUUCUUGGGGAUUAAAAAGGGGCGACUGCCUAAAACCAGAAGCAUCCCUCAGCUGUCUCACCUUCUAAAAUUGCCCUCUCCGUGUUUGCAAGAUGGAUCGGUCCCCAAAUUUCACUUGUUUCUCCGUCACCACGUCGACAGAGUCCAACAGCAGCGGUUCCGGCUCGCUGGCUGACCUACCUGGGACUGGCAGAUCCUUGUCAGUGUUCGGUGUGCUCGUCUUGACUUUGUUGGCCCUGUUGAUGGUGGCCACUUUCCUGUGGAACGUGCUGGUGCUGGCCACCAUUCUGAGGGUGCGCACCUUCCACAGGGUGCCCCACAACCUGGUGGCUUCCAUGGCCAUCUCAGAUGUGAUGGUGGCCGCCCUGGUGAUGCCUCUCAGCCUGGUGCACGAGUUGUCUGGGCGGCGCUGGCGGCUGGGGCGGCUUCUGUGCCAGGUGUGGAUCUCCUGCGAUGUGCUGUGCUGCACGGCCAGCAUCUGGAACGUCACCGCCAUUGCGCUGGACCGCUACUGGUCCAUCACCCGCCACCUGGAGUACACGUUGCGCACCCGCCGGCGCAUUUCCAACAUCAUGAUCAACUUUCUCCACAUGGGUUCUCUCUACGCUUAAGCGAUGCUCCUUGGCCCCAGCUGGCUAACUGUUUGAACCGAGGAGAGACCUGCUCUGGAAACCGUCCUCGAUGAAGAGUGCCAGGUCAGCCAUGUGCCAUCCUACACCAUUUUCUCCACCUUUGGCGCUUUCUACCUGCCCCUCUGUGUGGUGCUGUUUGUGUACUGGAAAAUCUACAAGGCAGCCAAGUUCCGCAUUGGGUCCCGGAAGAGCAACUCCAUCACUCCCAUCACACCUGAAGCCCUAGAGGUCAAGGGAGCCUCUCAGCAACCCCAGAUGGUGUUCACCGUCCGCCAUGCCACAGUGACCUUCCAGACAGAUGGGGACACGUGGAGAGAACAGAAGGAGAGGAAAGCAGCCCUGAUGGUGGGCAUCCUCAUUGGGGUCUUUGUGCUGUGCUGGAUCCCCUUCUUCAUCACAGAACUCAUCAACCCGCUCUGCUCCUGUGACAUCCCACCUCUUUGGAAGAGCAUCUUCCUCUGGCUCGGCUACUCCAAUUCCUUCUUCAACCCUUUGAUCUACACGGCCUUCAACAAGAACUACAACAAUGCCUUCCGGAACCUGUUUUCCAGGCAGCCGUGAGCCCUGGCUGGAGUUUUCUAGGAAUCUCUCUCCCUCCCUCUCCCUGGCUCACACAGGAAAGGCACUGACUCCAUUUAGAAAACUCCAGUCAAUCUGUUUAUAGUGCGUUAAAUGCUUGGUUUUAUCUAAUUUAUUAUGGAGAGAGCUGAGACAGAUUUCUUUCCUGAAGGGAACAUCUUCAGUGACAAUCAUGUAUUUUCCUGGCAGUCAAACUGGAAUGUUGUUUCCGGCACAACCUGAUGCCCCCCUCCCCUCAGCUUGUGCAUCGAUUGCAGCUGUUAAUAGAGUAUGGAGUGGGGUUCUUUCCCUGUCCCAGUCACGAGAGCAACUUCCCCACAAUCCCUGGCCCUUUUUAAAACAAUCAUUAGAGUUUUUUUUAAGGUUUAUCUUUUUCAUUCCCUAGAUGAUUUUCCUUUGUCUGUAGACUCUCAUGUAAUUCUUAUAAGAGAACAAUAUUUAUUUACUUACUUUCUUUGUUUACAUCCUGCUUUUAUUACCACUGGGCUUCCCCAAGGGUCUUACAACAUUCUGACCUGCUUUAUUUUAUUCUCCCAACAACAUUCUGAGGUAAGUUAGGUUGAGAAUGGGGUGGGGUGGGGCUGUGGCUCAGUGGAAGAGCCUCUGCUUGGCAGGUAGAAGGCCCCAGGUCCAAUCACCAGUAUCACCAGUAAGGACGGUCAGUAGAGGACAUGAAAGACCUCUGCCUGAACCCCUGGAGAGCCACUCUUAGUCCCAUACGGUAGUUCUGAACCUAAUGGACCAAUGGGCUGAUUCAGUGUGAGUUUAUGACUAGGCCAAGAUCACCCAGCAAACUUCCAUGCAGAGUGGGCAUUCGAACCUGAGCCUCCGAAGGCAAGAUCUAACACGGUAUUAAUCUAUAACCUGGCGCUUAACAAGUUAAUGGC